CAAGGACAAACACCCACACCCUAUAUUUGAGGGUGUUUUGGAAUGGUGUACUGUUAGCCAACAAACUGGACCCAAAUGAUGAAACCCUCUAUGCAACAUGUGAUGUAAGCGCCCAAGAUGGAGCCCCAAAUGACCCCAACUUAGAGACCUCAGAAGCUGGCUGUUUGACUGAUGUGUGUAAUCUUGCAAACCUCCCUGAAGUAGAAAUCCUCAGUCUAAUCGAGGAGCAGAUCCCAAAGUAUCGCCUGCGGGCCGACACCAUCACCAACUUUUGUGGGUACGAGAACGAGGACUGGAUCCAGACCCCCCUUAUCCCCAUUGACGAGGAUCUUGAGCUCUCUAAUGACCAGAUCCAGGAAACGCUUAAGUACUUUGUGCUAUGUUCGGAUCGUGUGACCCAGAUGACUAAGACAUAUAAUGAUAUAGAAGCAGUUAACAGACUUCUGGAAGAGAAAGAAAGAGAUUUAGAAUUAGCAGCUAAAAUUGGACAAACUUUACUGACAAAAAACCAAGAACUUUCAGAAAAGAAUGAUGUAUUGGAGGAACAGCUAGUUCUACUGACAGAAAAGGUAAAUCAAAUCAAACAUGAAUUAUCACUGAAGGAUGGUCUACUCCAGGCAUUCUCAGAAACAGCUGAUUUGUCACUCAGCGAGGAAUCGUCCAGCAGCAGCAAUGACUGUUUACAGCACAUCGGAGGAGCUUGUGCUUUACAGACAAAAGUUAAAGAUCUGGAGGAGGAAAAUCUCAAGCUCCGAUUAGAGACUGAGCAGCUUUCUGCAGAAACCUCGAAGUAUGAAGAGAAAGAGCAGAGAUUAGUGGACGAUUGUGUGGCACAGCUAAAUGCCAAGAAGAAGGAGUUGGACCUUCUGGUUGAAGAUUUAUUGAAGAAGACGGAGGAAUGCAGUGGUCAAAAGGAGGAAAUCACCAACCUGCUGGCCCAGGUGGUGGAUCUACAAAAACGUAUAAAAAUCGUGACUUUGGAGAAUAUGGAGUUACAGAAACACCUUGAAGCUUCACAAACUGCUCAAAGAGAACUAACUUCAGAGCUUGCCAGUCUGAAGGAUAAACAUGAUGAGAUGUGUGCUAUGUACGAGCAGGCUCAGGAAGAAAUCCGUGAACUGCGACGUAAACAGAAGCCUGGGGCCGUCAGACAUAACUACAUGUCCUCAUCAAUGCUCAGUCUCCCAUCAGACUCGCUGGCCUCAGAACUAGAGAGCUCGCUACGGAGCGAGUGUGAUUAUCCCCCAGGUUACUCACCAGCUGAGAGAAAAGUACACAACUGGAAGAUCUUUGAGACUGCUAAAGCUGCGCUAAAGGCAGGAAAUUCCCGCGGCUCUAUACCUGGAUCAAGAAGUUCUCUUGCCCCAUCUGUUAGCCCGAGCAUGCUGAAUCUAGGUCACAGUCCCCCCGGGGCCAGUAGCCUGGACAUGAGUCGUAACGACAGUGGUGGAGAAUCAGCAUCGGUUUCUACAAGGAGUUCUAUGUACUUUGCUGACGUGGAGGGAAGUGAAGCCCCAUCAGAUUUGGCAGGACUCAACAGUCUGUACAGGAAUGAGAAAUGUCAGUAUGGUAAACCAGGGAUUCCAGGGUCGAAUGACCUGGAGACGGCUCUACGUAAGCUGUCAAUAAGGCGGGCUAACGAGCUUAAUGAGCGUGACUUCAGGGAGGAUGAGGAGAAAAGACAGAAGGAAAGGAAUAGGACAGACAGUGAUGUAUACGACACCCCGGGCACCUGUCGGACUCCUGACAGUACCUUAUCUACAGGAAGUGGUCUGUCACAGUUCUCAAUGACAGGAAGUAACAACCCCUACUACCGUCUCCCACAGAAACUCCGAAUCAUCAAACCACUUGAAGGUUCUGUGACCCUCAGACAGUGGCAGCAGCUAGCCACACCUAAGAUGGACAAUCUGUUUGAGUCCAGACCUGGAGUGGCCACUAAAGGAGAGAGGAAGCUGGACGUAGAGGUGGAGACGUAUAACCUCAGUGACUUUGAGGAGGAUGAUGAUUACCAGGAAUGUCCAAGUAAACGGUUUGAGGAGAGUUCUACCAUCAAUACAGUGACAGACUCCAAAGUCCGACAUCCAUCAGACUACAGCAGUGAUGAGGAAGAGACACUAUCUGAAUGUGAUAAAAAUGACCCCAGAGUUACUCCAACAUCAUUUACCUCAAGAAUGGCAACAGGUCACCAAAGUCACAACAAUGCCACUAGUACAUUCAGUGUAUCAAUGGGGCUGGCAUCCAUUCUGAAUGAGAGAGAUCUUUUUCCACCAUCAAAGGAUCCGAAAUGUAAAUCAGAACUGGCAGGGAAUCCAGAAAGGGUCGACAGCAUUGUCUCCGAUUCCCAUUUUGAGUUUUCCAAAAUCACAACGUCUUCCACCUACACCAGCCAGACAGAAAGCAGGACAGAGGUGUCUACUGGACUAAGUUUACCCACUUCUGGUACUGAUACACCAGAACUGAGAUUACCCCAUCCUUCUGCUACACCGUAUAGGGGAUUACCAUUUGAUCAUCUUAAUCAGGGCACACAUGUUUUAAUGGACACCCUGAAACAUACUGGAUAUUCAGUCUUAAACUCUAGGUACCUUGGGGGAAUUCUAGGGUCACAGAAAAAAGAGACAGACACUGGACCUUCUUCUGUGUCCACUACUCAGAAUCCAGUGUCUUCAACAGCUGACAAAUCUGAUGUAAUUCAUGUGACUGCUGGCAGCAUGACAAAGACUGAAGUGUCAAGAAUAAGUUCCUUGUUUGGGCGUGCCCUUCCAGGGGGUGUGUCGGGGGCAUUAACACAGCUAAGGCAAAAUGGGAUCUUCUAAAGAUACAGCAACUAAAACUCAGUAGAGGACAUGAUUAACAGAGACAUUGACUCUGGGUGACGGGUUACUGUGGUGUGUGCCUUAUCAUCUAGCAUUAUAAUUGUUUUCACAAGCAUUAAAUAUCUACCUUUACCUGCGUACAAUCAUCUCUGUGGCAUUUUUUGUUAUUUGCUUUAGACGAAUCAUUGCAAUUUCCAGGUAUCUUAGUAAUAACCACCUUGUUUGUCAUGACCCUGUCUACUUGUCUAUACAUACAUGUACAUGUAUUUAGUAGAAAUAGGAAUUAUAGUGAAGGAUUUAAUUGGUACCAAACCUUGCCAAGGCCUUUAACAAGGUCUGAAUUGUCUCACACUAGUCAGGAUUUAAAAGCAUUUACAGGAGAAAUUUGGUUAUAAUUUAUAUUUGCUCGGUGGUAUACAUUUUAUCUACUCCCCAGCAAAGUCUUAAAUUAGCUCUUCCACAAGGUUAAACAUUUAAACAGAAAGGAAAUCAUAUAGAUUAAAAGUAGAAGUGGAACUUUAGAACUUUUGCUCAUUUGGUGAUCUCAAGGGUUUUGUUUGAAUACAUGAAGGUAAAAAAGUUCAAUUAUUGAAUUAUAGUUAGUGAAUUGUUCACAUCCAUGUAGGAGUUCCAGUGUCAAUAGACAGACUGUAGAUUGAUAUUCAGUCCAUCAAUUAGUGCUAGUCCAUGGUGGGUUAUUAGCAACCUUGUCAUUUAACACAAUAUAUAACAGUUACGGGCACACUGCAAAUUCUUACUGCUGCUUAAUUUUUCCACGAUGGUUGUGGAUUAAUGUAUCCAAGUGUGGAGUCAGUAUAAGUUCACACACAUUUACAUCUACCUGCUUUAUUAGUUAAGACUGAUGUUGUAGUGUGGACCUGCCUAUACAAUCCUCAGUGAGGGAAUUCAAGUCCAUUUGUGCUUGUUUAAGUUUUCACUGUAUACAUUACUUCCAUUAAAUGAUUUUGCUGUAGACCAGUAAUUAGUCAGGGACUCCAAUGUUUUUGUGAUAUAAGCUUUGUGAUCAUGUAUAUACUGACUAUAUAUAUACUGUAAUAAUUGUGGUGAUCGUACUUGGAGUGAGAUUUAUCUUGAGUUUUAUAAAAUUGGCAAUUAAUGGUCCAAGACACAAAGUUGGGUCAGAGACUGACAUAGUUAGGGCUGUGAUGUGUCAAGUGUUGUACUAAUUAAGUUUUGUGCUAAUUGAUACUGUGAUUAAAGUGAGAAUGUCAAUUUACUAAUGAAUUUCUACCUAGUAUGAAGACAAAUUGGGUGCAUUGUAAGAAUCUCAGUCUCUUAUAACAACACUUAACUGAUGUUUAGUGUGAAUUACAGCUGCUAUAAUGUAGAUUUCCAAAGGAAUGUCUUUCAGAAUGUCUGGUUCAUUUAAUUGCUAAAAUGACCCUUGUCAAAUUUUUAGACAUUGAAAUUUAAUCUACUACAUGAAGUGUGAAAAUGUUCAGAAAAACUGAAGUUCACGAAUAUAUGUAUGUAUAAAUAAGUUCACGAAUAUAUGUAUGUAUAAAUAAGUUCAUGAAUAUAUGUAUGUAUAAAUGUAAUAUGCAAAAACUGAAAUUUUAAAAGUACAUGUAAUAUGCAUGACUUUAAUGUUGAGUCUGAUUUGUUUUAUUUUCCUUUAGUGGUCGUAUCUGUUCAAUGUUGAUGACAGUUAUCUGUUCUAAACGUUAACAUUCACCUGUCAUUCAUUCAGACAAGAAUUUUUGUAAUCAAGUGCUUGAUUUUAUGUCCAUUUUUUUUUUUUAAAAUAAAGUUGGGUCCAUUGAUUUGUUUAUUCCCUGUUCUGGAAGUUAAGCGGAUUCGAACAGGGCCAGAAUUUAUUUGACAAAGAAAGCUUGUCACUGAUGAGAAUUUUUUUUUGUGUGUCAUGACUUUCCUAUUUUGUAACCAGAAUAUUUUGUGUUGUGAUAUAUAUUUUAUUUUUUAUUCCUAGGAUAUAUUUACAUUAAGGGGAUUAAAUAAAUGUACAUCUACACCUGUAAGCAGAAUCUUGUAAUCUUGAUAAGGACAAAAAGACUGCAGGUCCUUAGUCCUAGGGCUGAUUGAAAUCUUGUUUGUUCAAAUGUGCCAAAGUUUUAAAUUCAUUUCAGAUAGAUUUUUAGUGUAUAUAUAAUUGUCUAGAAGUACAAUGUAUAUUCUGAUUAGUGACUAGAAAGCUGUGUCUUAAGUUCUACCCUUUACCUGAUUUUGUACUUAAAUAAUAUUUUCCCAAUAGCAGUAAUGAAAUCACUUUUUAAAAAAAAAAACCUUCAAAUUAAGUUAAUGUACUUGUACAUGUAUGUCACUUACAAAUUCUUUUCAGAAUCUUGUAAACUAAUUUACAGAGUUUAUAUAAAUGACAUGUAUUAAUUAAGCAAAAUUGACUAAAUUUCCUGACAGAUUUGUUGUUAUGAUUUGCGGGCUGUUGAUUGUGGGAUUAUCUGAUUUAGACUCCCAGUAUGGGUGCUAAACUUGAUGGAGGAAGCCUGUUUUUAUUGUUUUUCUUUGAUUACUAUGCAACAGACCAGAGAUUUAAUAUGUUCCCUGGAUUCUGUUAUAGAAAUAAACAAAGAUUAAAAUAU